UCACUUAAGCGCGUGACAGCACAGUGAACGAGCACGUAACUGCGUGGCUGCUGGUGACGUUGAGGCUACGCUGGAAAAACAGGAAGAAGGACAGUAAACACAGAAAACGGAGAGACACGGCUGAAACAUCGGAGACUCUCGGGAUCUAGAGCAGGACCAUGCUAGUCUAGAUUCAUCUCAUCAGUCAAACCGUGAUCCCAGUAUUAGGAGCUGCUGCUGGUGUCAUGGUGAAGUGGCAGCUCUUCACCCUAGAUCACCUGAACAUCUGCGGGUUUGGUUGUCCUCCUCCACGACAUGGGCUCCAGCUGCUGUACUGGUUCGCCAACCACUGUCUGACCUUUGACCCAGGUGACUUUGAAGAUGUCAUGAAGCUGGCGUCCGACUGUCAGCCAGAGAACAGCGUCUACGGGUUCCACCACUUUGGGAACACGGAGGAGAUCCUGCCUGUUCUCUGCAAACACAAGAACAAAAAGAGCAGGAGACAGCUGGUGUACUACGUGGUCGGAAACCUGAACACCAAGACCUACCCAAAAUCUGCAGAACUCCCAAAGUUUGUGAGGGAAAAUUAUGAGAUGGACAGCAGCGCCAACAUCGACCGCAUCAUCAUCAGCUACCAGGUCCAGAACAGAAAGGUGGAGAAGGUGUACAUCACAGAACACGACGACGAGCGCUAUGGGAGGUUCCAAUAUGACAGGACCCACGAAAUCCUCCCUGAGCUCAUCCAAGCCCUGCAGAACCCACAGCAAGAGCUCAGCACCUUCCUCACACAGAUGGGUUACUAUGGAGAUGUGGAGACGCAGAACUCAGACCCGUCUGAUCAGCUGAUCCUCAGCGUGAUGCAGAAUGAUCCGUUUGAAUCUUUCUCUGAAGCUUUUAGUCAACAUGUUGAUCUGAACUUUGACCCCUUCAGCUACAACCAGCAAGGUCUGCACCAGUUCAGCAGCACUGGACCGGACCACAGGAAGGUCCAAAAGAAAAACAAGAAAGCAAAAACAAACAAGAGACUGACGAUUAUGAGACAAAGUUCCUGGGACCCAAGAUGGUAUCAGCCUGAAGAUUUUAAUAAAGAGGAGGAGAAACGGACCGAAGGCAGGUUCAGCUGGUCGAAGCUUCUGUUUGGACUUGGAGCUUUUUAUUUAGCAGCUAAAUGUUUCAGGUGGUUAAUGAGGAGCUGCUGGUACCAGAACCUCCACCAGAACCACAACCUGUUCAAGACGAUCCAUCCAAGAACUCCCAGAUGUGCUGCUCCUCAUGUCAUGCUGGACUAUAUCUACUGACCCAUCAGAAUGUUUGUCUUCUGCCGCAUUCAGGACUUUGGAGUUCUGAUACCGGCGUUGAACACAACAUCGGAUGAUUUUAACAACAGAUUCUACAUAUUUAACAUCCACAAAAAAAGUUUAAUUUUAGCUUAAUUUUAUAUUAUCUGGUCACAAUUUUGUAUUGUUGUUUAAUUAGAUUUCUGUUUUGACUUUAGGAUUAACCCUCUCAGGCUCAAGAUAAGUUUUGAUAAAAGGACAAACAACUAAGUCCUUCAGGGGUACUUCUGAGUUAAAAAAUGCUCAUGAAGUACGUGUGUGGAGUAACCAGUUAGGUUGGUUUUAACUGUUGCACAUCUGCAACGCCUGCCUCCAGAGGGUUAAAGGUGAUCCCGAAAUCUUAGACUAGCUCCUCCUUAUCUGUCCAACCUGCUCGCCCCCUCUGUACCCACGUGCACGUUAAGGUCAGCUGAUCUUCUGCUGCUUUGCACACCCAGGAGGUCCUACAAAUCACGGGGUGGAUGAGCGUUUGUCCAUGCUGCUCCCAUGCUUUGGAAUACACUUCUCAUUACAGUUAGACAUCCUGGCUAUUUUUAAAUCCUGUUUAAAGACCUACUUUGGCCUUUAGCCAGUGACUCAUUUAUUGUCCUUUCUUAUUGUUUUUGCUGCUUUUAUUUGCUUUUACUGCCUUGCAUUGAUGGUUCUACUUCUAUUCGUUUUUCUGGCUUAUUUUGUUUUUAAAUUGACUUGCCGUGCAGCACUUUGGUCAGCUCUGUAAAUAAAGUGGUACGGUUUUGCUGA